AUGCCAACGGAAACUCUCGUAACCAAAACCACUAACAACAUGGACCAGCGGCAUACUCGCCUUUCUGGGUUUGCCAAUAAUCAUCGUCGAAAAUCCAUGACGGUAGCUGAAGGUGCCAAGAGCCGAUUUUCCAGCAUGAUGUUACGUCGUCCUUCACAAUCCAGCAACCACAGUAGUAGUAGCAGCAGCAAUGGUGGCGGUGGUGGUGAACCACCAGAGCCCAAACAAUCCGUUAGUCGCCGGCAGUCAUUAACUCGAAUGACUGCAUCAAGCCUUGCCAAAGUGGUCCCAUCACUUAACAAAGGCAGCAAUAAUCAAGAAGGAUCACCCUCUUUUAUGGUACGCCGACGUAACAGUGUCAUGUCCUUUUCAUCACAAAACAACACAACCCCGCAUCAACAGCCACCACCAGUUACCCCUCAACCGUCAGGAUCCUUGGUUGUGAAGUCAUCAACAUCAUCAUCCAAUAUGGGAGGACACAAGUGGCCCAACUUUACCCGUUUGAGACGCCCAUCAUCCCCAACACCAACGCCAUUGAAGCAGCAGCAUGCUCGUCGUGCAUCUAUGCAAAAGGAUCCUUCAAAACUUGCCACGCUUGCUUCUGCUCAACAACCAUCACCACCCCAACCACAACAAUUGAUCCACCCCUAUCAUCAGCAACAACAACAACGACCAUCAUCACCACCAUCACCUACGCCACCCUCAACACAACAACAACAACGAGCCACACUUUUGCCGCGAUCUGUUUCAAAUACCCAACGACCUUUAAAGGAUGAAUCAGGGGCUAGCAACAACAACAAUGCACCUGUACGACGUCGCUCAUCGGUACAAAUUGACAAUGACAGCACUAUUAGCAACAACAGCAGCAUUCGACGGCGAUCAUCUAUGAUGUUGGAUAGUGACAUUUCAGCUGAAUCACGUCGUAGCAACGCAUCUUCAUGUCAUCGUCAUCAUCGUUCUCAGCAACAAAAUGAGCCGUAUCAGCCGGUGUGGCUCCGUCGCCAAACCCAAUGUGCUGCAUGCAAUCCCAAUCCAGUGCGUAAGUCAUUGUCUCGUUCUAGCAGCAUGUACGACGUGGCUGGCGUUGCACAACAGCAACAUCCACGUGCCAUCCACACUGGUGCACAGCAACAUCCAAAUACCCAUGCAACCACAGCUACAUCAUCAUCAUCCUCAUCCUCACAAAACAACACAACACCACCUACAGCUGCAGCUACUGCUGCCGCUGCUAUGGCUGCUGCCGCUGCUGUAGUAAGUGCAGCGGCUGCUACUGCAGCAUGUGGUAUAUCAACUACCACACCUGCAUUGGUGGAUGAACAAUGGGGAUUGACACAAUCUAAUAACGAUGACAAGUGGAUGCGUCUCAUUUCAAGCUGUAUGGCACAAUCAGGUCGACUCGAACGCUUGGCUCGUGAUAUGGUGGCCACCGAAAAGCAAGCCGCUUCCAUGAUCGAGUCCCAACAAUCCAUGGAGCAGCUCAUGAAGCGUCGUGAUGAUCAACAUCAUAACAAUAUCCGCCACUGUGAAUCUCUUGUUCGUGCUCAACGUGAAAUGCUUAAUGAGAUGGAAAGCCUUUUGACCGAAUACGGCAUCAAAAAGAAUAACCAACAACAAAAGCAGCCAUCAUCAUCACCCACAACGGAUCAACAUGAGCAACAGCGUCAAGCUAUGACCACACCACCCCCUUCUUCACCAUCCGAUUAUUCAGCUUCAUUACCAUCAAUGCCUCCUUCUCCCUCUUCUUCGAAUCACAAUAACGAGAAUGAGGAGAAUGAACAAGAAAAUGCAACACCAUCGGAAGAUGUUAACACGAAGGAGCAAGAACAAGCACCAUCAUCAUCAUCACCACAAGAUGAUAAGGAGCAAGAGGCCGCUGAUGAUAGUGUUCAAGAACAGCAUGAUGAUCAAAGCAGCAGCAGCAGCAGCAGCGAUAAGGAGCAACCAAAGACUUUGGGUGAUUUUGUGGAAGAUAGCGUAUCUCGUAUACGGUGGACUGUGAGCCAAUGGGUCGGUGGUAGCGUUGGUACAGGACAACUAGUCAAGUGUGAAAUGGGCCCAGAUGGCCAAACAAGCACCAUCAUUGUUGCAGGCACUGGUGUUACCACGGAACCUAAGCUCUUGCCCAAGCACUUGAUAUGCCAAGACAUGGAAACCAAGCCUGUAUAUUAUCAUCAAUACAUUCUCUACAUUGAACGUGAAGAUCGAGCCAACCGUUUUUGCUUGUUGCCUCCUAGUCAUUGGGUUGCAGAUGCACAAGCUCAACACUGCCAAUUUGCCUACGCUGACGAAUCGGGCCAAAUCAAAUGCCAAUCCGAAUUUGACUGGGCCGUGAGACGCCAUCAUUGCCGAAGAUGUGGACACAUUUUCUGUAACUCGCAUAGUAGCAAUCGUCUUCCUCUGUUUGAUACAGUCAAUGGAAAGGCUGAAUGGUCGCGUGUUUGCGAUACUUGCUUUUACGAUUUGGCAGGUGCAUCACUAUUCCAUCCCACCGAACAACAGCAACAAUUGCAACAAUCAUAA